CUUCUUCCGAGUUUUUAGGGGGCGGACCGUUUGGAGCGAGGGAUACCGAUGAUCACUGCUAGUGAGACUCUUGCAGACGUAAAAAGCCGCCUUCUCUUUCCCUGCAAAUACUGUUUGAACCUGAUUGCUCUCCCAUUUGUGCCUGGUGAGGAGUCUUCCAGCAAAACCCUCUAUUGACGGAUUAAAAAUAAAUUGGAGGGGAAAAUGAAGAUUCUGUUUUUGUUAGCCUUCAUACUCCUAUUGCCUCAAAGCAAAGGGAACCCAUUUAGCAGAGACGAUGACAGCUAUCAAAGAACAUUUGAAGAACUGCAGAGGGAAAUCGCUGGCUACUCAGGCAUUGCCAAGGAAAUUAUCAACCUUGCUGUUUAUGGCAAGGCCCAGAAUAGGUCCUAUGAAAGGCUUGCACUUUUUGUGGACGCCAUUGGACCAAGAUUAAGUGGCUCAAAAAACCUAGACUUAGCUAUCAAGUACAUGUAUAAAGCCUUGAGUAAGGAUGGCCUGGAAAAUGUCCAUUUGGAACCAGUAAAAAUCCCCCACUGGGAAAGGGGGAAAGAGUCAGCAAUGAUGGUGGAACCUCGCAAUCAUAGUAUCGCUGUGUUGGGGCUUGGUGGCAGCAUCGCAACUCCUCCUGAAGGUAUUACAGCUGAAGUCUUAGUGGUGACCUCCUUUGACGAGCUGCACCAAAGAGCUCAAGAAGCAAAAGGCAAAAUCGUCGUUUACAACCAGCGUUAUGUCAGUUAUGGAGAAACAGUACAGUACAGGCAACGUGGAGCUGUGGAAGCUGCUAAAGUGGGAGCAAAGGCAUCUCUUAUCAAGACUAUAGCUCCAUUUUCUAUAAAUAGCCCACAUACCGGGAUGCAGUCAUAUCAGUCUGGUGUGCCCAUGAUUCCAACUGCUUGCAUUUCAGUUGAAGAUGCUGAACUUAUGGCACGCUUGUCUUCCCGAGACAUCGAGAUUGUUUUGACUCUGAAGAUGGAAGCCAAGACCUACCCUGAUGCUGAUUCAUUUAACACAGUUGCAGAAAUAGUUGGAAGCAAAUAUCCAGAGCAGGUUGUGCUCAUCAGUGGACAUCUGGACAGCUGGGAUGUAGGGCAGGGAGCCAUGGAUGAUGGCGGUGGAGCAUUUGUUUCAUGGGAAGCAUUAUCUCUCCUUAAGGAUCUUGGGCUCCGUCCUAAGAGAACUCUGCGCUUAGUGUUAUGGACUGCAGAGGAGCAAGGCGGAGUAGGAGCCGAACAAUACUACAAGAUGCACAAGGUUAACAUCUCUAACUUCGACAUUGUGAUGGAAUCCGAUGAAGGGACUUUCACACCGGCUGGUUUGGCUUUCACAGGCAGCGAUAAGGCUCGUAAUAUCAUGAAGGAGAUCAUGAAAUUGCUGCAGCCUAUCAAUGCUACAGGUGUCUUUGAAGAGGGUGGAGGGACUGACAUUAAUUACUGGAUACGAGAUGGAAUACCAGGUGCCAGCUUGCGUGACGAUAUCACAAGAUACUUCUGGUUUCAUCAUUCCCAAGGGGACACAAUGACCGUUCAGGAUCCAUCUCAGAUGAACCUCUGUGCUGCACUGUGGGCUGUUGUGUCCUAUGUAAUUGCUGACAUGGAGGAGAGGGUGCCAGUUUAAUUUUUUGUCAUUAAACAAAAAAGAACAUUAAUCUUUUCUAGUAUAUAUCAUAAAUAUUUUCACUCCUGUGACCUACAGCUAUGGUGAAAGUCUGUAUUCUUUAAAAAAAAACACCUAACUUUGUUUCUCUUAUUUGAACUCAAAGCACAUUCUUGGUAUUAGACAGGCCUGUUUCUAUUUGCUGAUUUAAUACCUUCCACUUCAGAUGUUCGUUUCCUGCUACUUAUAUUAAAUUCUUCUGCGGUUUUCUGUUGCCAGUGUCUGCUCAUCAGUGACAUAAGAGCCAUUGGUGAAUAAGCGAACCUGUUUGUCUGCUAGAUACUUAAAAUAAAUCUGUUCCAUUAUCCCA